AUGACCGAACAGGAUCCGGCCAAUCAGAAGCCAGUGCGGAUCGGUGGUUUCCCCGACUAUGCUGCACCUUCAGCUCUCAAGGAAGCAGGGAUGGCUGCCAUUGCUGCUGACGUGAACCAAUACGAUCCAUGCAACCCCACUGGCCAUGUCUUUACCCACUCUGAGCUGACCCAGCUAGCAAAGUUCUGCUGCCAUCACGACCUGCUGGCAAUCACGGAUGACGUGUACAGCGCUUUCACCUAUGGCAGCGGCAGCACACCGCGCCACGUGUCGCUCGCUCAGUGGCCGGGCAUGAAGGAGCGCUGCAUCGUCACCUCGUCCAUCUCUAAAACGUUCCACGUCACCGGUUGGCGAGUGGGAUGGGCCAUAGCCCCGCCGCCCAUCACAGCAGCCAUCAGCACCAUCGAUCCUUGUGCCCAUCGUGUCCCUCUUCACUUCGCCUUUCAUUCCCUCCUCUCAUCCCCUCUCAUCCCCUCUCGUUCCUUGCAGGUUGGCGAGUGGGAUGGGCUAUAG